ACUUUCUCCUUAUUCUGAUGUUUGACUAAUGUUUGCUGUGAUUUUCCUGAAUCCUUAUUUACAAUUAGUAUGAAUUCUGAAAUGGGUUUUUAAAUCUAUCCUUGAAGAGAUUUCUUUCUGAGGCAAAAUGGCACCCAAAUCUGGACGAGGUAAAGCCCACAAAAGCAAGGGAGAGAAGAAGAAAAAAGAAGAAAAGGUAGUGCCUUCUGUUAUUGAUAUAACUGUAAUCACUCCAUAUGAUUCCCAAGUUAUUCUCAAGGGAAUCUCAACUGAUAAGAUUCUUGAUGUAAGAAGGCUAUUGGCUAGUAAUGUUGAGACUUGCCAUUUUACUAACUAUUCCCUGACUCAUGAGGUUAGAAGGCUGAGAUUAAAGGACACAGUUGAUGUAACUUCUCUGAAACCUUGUUUGUUGAAGAUGGCUGAAGAGGACUACAUAGAAGAAGAGCAAGCGGUGGCACACGUGCGAAGGCUAUUGGACAUCGUUGCAUGCACCACCUGGUUCGGGAAACAGAGAGAUGGAAGUACAGAAGCUCGAGCCAAGAAGACAAGAAACCAAAACUCGAAUUCGAGCUCUAGCCCUCCUUUGUCUUCGAAUGGAGGAGAAGUGCGAUCUGGGUCUGCUUCAGAAGCAUCGGUUUCUGCAAUUUCAGAUAAAUUCGACAUGGUUGCUAUUCACCCUACUCCGAAACUCUCCGGUUUCUAUGAUUUCUUCUCGUUCUCCCACCUUAGUCCGCCUAUUCUGUCACUGAAGAAAUGUGAUCGUAGUGGUGUUGAGGAGAGACACGAGGUGGAUUAUUUUGAAAUUCAGGUUAAGAUUUGCAACGGGAAGCUCAUAACAGUGGUUGCGUCUGUAAAGGGGUUCUACUCCACAGGGAAGCAGUUCAUCCAAAGUCGUUCGUUGGUGGAUCUUCUACAACAGUUAAGCCAGGCUUUUGCUAAUGCUUAUGAAUCUUUAAUGAAAGCUUUUGUAGAGCACAAUAAGUUUGGCAAUCUACCCUAUGGAUUCCGUGCAAAUACAUGGCUUGUCCCUCCAACAGUGGCUGUUUCUCCAUCAAAUUUUCCCUCACUUCCAAUGGAAGAUGAAACCUGGGGUGGCAGUGGUGGGGGUCAGGGACAAAACAAUAAGUAUGAUGAUCGACCAUGGGCCAUGGAGUUUUCCAUAUUGGCAAACCUUCCUUCAAAAACCGAGGAAGAGAGACUGGUCCGUGAUAGAAAGGCAUUUUUGCUCCAUAAUCUGUUUGUGGAUGUCUCAAUUCGUAAAGCUCUUUCAGCAAUUCGUCAAAUUAUGGAUGCCAAUAUGAACACGAAAAAUGCUCUUAGUGGUCCCCCAGGUUCACUUCUGCAUGAAGAUCGUGUCGGUGACUUGUGCAUUUUAGUGAAACGGGAUGUGGAAGACACAAGUUCAAAGCUCCAUGAGAAAGUCAACAGCAGCCUAGCACCUGGUAUUGCCUGUAAGGAUGUUGCUGUAAGGAAUCUACUUAAGGGGAUAACUGCAGAUGAGAAUGUAGUGGUUCAUGAUACUUCCACAUUGGGUGUCGUUGUCGUAAGACAUUGUGGUUACACUGCAACUGUGAAAGUCAUUGGUGAUGUAAAGAAGGAAAAUUUCAAAGCUCUAGACAUAAAUGUUGAUGAACAGCCAGAUGGAGGUGCCAAUGCACUAAAUAUUAACAGCUUAAGGACUCUGCUUCAUCAGUCAUGUAUUGCCAAAUACCAGUCUCCUCUAUCUGAUGAUGAUCUGGAGGCAGGUAAAUGCUUAGUGCGAAAAGUAAUCUAUGAUAGCUUGACUAAGUUAGAAGGGGAACCUGCUGUUACUGAAAGGUCUAUCAGAUGGGAACUUGGUUCUUGUUGGGUAGAACAUCUACAAAAGCACGACACUCCAGUAAGUAACAGCUCAAAAAGCAAUGUAGAGGAGAACAAUGCUGAAUUAGCCGUUAAAGGUCUUGGGAAGCAAUUAAAACUGUUGAAGAAGAGAGAAAAGAAAACAGAGUGUGUCAGCGAAGACAGUUCUAGCACAGGAAGCAUGCUCACUGCUGAAAGCACUGAUUUUGCGGACCAAAAGGGCAAAUACAAUGCUGACGACGAUAUAAAGAAGUUGAUUCCUGAGGCAGCCUUUUUGCACUUGCAAAAGACUGGAACAGGUCUUCAUCAAAAGUCCUUGGAUGAGCUUAUUGAGAUGGCCCACAAGUAUUAUGAUGAAGUUGCUUUACCAAAGCUGGUAGCAGACUUUGGAUCACUUGAACUUUCUCCAGUUGACGGACGCACACUAACUGAGUUUAUGCAUACUAGAGGUCUUCAAAUGCGUUCCUUGGGACGUGUGGUUGAACUUGCACAGAAUCUUCCCCAUAUACAGUCUCUCUGCGUUCAUGAGAUGGUUACCCGAGCCUUCAAGCACAUACUUAAAGCUAUCAUUGCUUCUGUUGAGAAUUUGGGAGACUUGCCUGCAGCAAUAGCCUCAUCCUUGAAUUUCUUCCUUGGGUCCUGCAUAAAGGAAAUCAAUGAUCAAGAUUUAACCAAUGAUUAUACUCUAAUCCUCAGGUGUUUAAAGACCUUUGUUGCCAGGAGGUUUGGUUGGAGGCUAAAAGACGAGUUUCAACACCUGAGGAAGUUCUCAAUUCUCAAAGGACUUUGCCAUAAGGUUGGAUUGGAAUUGGCUCCAAGAGAUUAUGAUAUGGAUAGCCCAAACCCCUUCAAGAAAUCCGAUGUUAUUAGUGUAGUCCCAGUGUGCAAACAUGUCACAUGUUCAUCUGCAGAUGGCCGAAACCUAUUGGAGUCAUCUAAGAUUGCAUUGGAUAAAGGAAAACUUGAGGAUGCAGUCAACUAUGGAACAAAGGCAUUGGCAAAAAUCAUAGCUGUAUGUGGUCCCUAUCAUCGCACAACUGCAAGUGCAUACAGUCUUCUGGCAGUAGUCCUGUACCACACAGGAGAUUUUAACCAGGCAACUCUAUAUCAACAAAAGGCCCUAGAUAUCAAUGAGAGGGAGCUUGGUCUUGACCACCCAGACACAAUGAAAAGCUAUGGAGAUCUUUCAGUAUUUUACUAUCGCCUGCAACACAUUGAACUGGCUUUGAAGUAUGUCAACCGUGCAUUGUACCUUCUUCAUUUUACAUGUGGACUGGCACAUCCAAACACGGCUGCAACAUAUAUAAAUGUAGCUAUGAUGGAAGAAGGCAUGGGAAAUGUUCAUGUUGCUCUCAGAUACCUUCAUGAAGCCCUUAAAUGUAACCAGAGAUUGCUAGGAGAAGACCACAUACAGACUGCCGCAAGCUAUCAUGCCAUAGCCAUAGCCCUUUCAUUGAUGGAAGCAUAUUCUCUCAGCAUGCAACAUGAGCAAACUACAUUACAAAUUCUUCAAGCUAAACUUGGACAAGAGGACCUCAGGACUCAGGAUGCGGCUGCAUGGCUUGAAUAUUUUGAAUCAAAAGCUUUAGAACAGCAAGAAGCUGCCCACAAUGGGACUCCAAAGCCAGAUGCAUCCAUUGCAAGCAAAGGUUACCUUAGUGUGUCCGAUCUCCUUGAUUACAUAAGCCCUGAUCAAGAUUCAAAAGGUCUCUAUGUACAGAAGAAACAGCGAUGCAUAAAGGUGCUACAGAGUAGUGGUAGAAACCACCAAGUACAACAUGAUGAUGCAAUCACUGAUAAUAUCCAGUUUGAUGAAAGCUCAAUGCACACUGCUGUGGAAGAAGAAAACAAGAAGGAAGAAAAGUCAGAUGUAAUACAUCUGGAAGAACUUAAGGAAAAUGAUAAUGGUUGUGGGCAUGAGCCUGUGAAUGAAUUAAUGCCAGAAGAAAUCCCUGAUGAAGGGUGGCAAGAGGCCAGGCGGUCUGGAAAUAUUGGGGGCCGUAAAUUUCAACCUAGACACCAAGCUCCCGCGAAGUUAAACAUGAACAAAUCUGAAUCCUCUUACUUUGGAGAUACCAGAUUCCACAGAAAAACAAAAUCACCACCCAGGAAGACAAUCUCAAAAACUGCUUCUAAUGAAGUCUCUGCUGAUUUAAAGCAGCCAAUAGCUCCAAGCUUGAGUCUUGAAGUAGAUCAAACCAGAUUGCAAGCAAAGAAUCCAGCUUGGAGACUUCCCUCUCCCCCAUCAACUCUCACUACUAUGGUUUCAAAAUCUCUAUCAUACAAAGAAGUGGCUGCAGCACCUCCUGGUACAGUUUUAAAGCCAACAUUGGAGAAAUCUGAAGAAAUGAGAAGGGAAAAAGUUGAUAGUCAGAGUUGUGAUAUUCCUCCAGAGGCAUCCAAUGAGGAAGAAGUCAGCAAGAUAGUUGUAGAAGUAGCAAAUGCAGAAGAGAAAGAACACGAAGAUUGUAACGAUGAUGAAGCUCAAAUUGAAAACACCACCACUGACGAGGAAACUUCAUGCCUGUCUAAUCAUGAAAAGAUCAUAGAAACAAAUGGCAGCAAACUUUCUGCUGCUGCUCCACCAUUUAAUCCUGGAGCGUUCUCUUUGAUGGCUCAUUCUUUCAACUCAAUUGACAUAGCAGAUAUGAAUGAGUUGACAGCCACCAACCAAGGAAUGUUUCCAUCCCAACCUAUGGGAAUUUCUCAUCCUCCAUCUAUUGCAGCUAGAAUCCCUUGUGGGCCUAGAUCGCCUCUGUAUCACAGAAGCGGUCACUUUUUUCGCAUGAAACAGGGUUUUCACAAAUACCACAUUCCUGCUACUGAUAGAAGUUUCAUCAGGCCUCCAAGGAUCAUGAAUCCACUUGCACCUGAAUUUGUCCCGAGUAAAGCUUGGCAACCCAUUCCUGGAAAUGGUAAUCUAGAACUCUCAAACGAGUGCACUCAGGUAUUUGGGUCGUCAAUUGAUAAAAGUAAGGAUGUGGCAAUGGAGGAUCAAAAACAUGAUCCUGCCCUGAGAACUGAAGUCGAAGAUGAUAGUAUUGAAACCCAGACAUCUAAGUCUCAAAGUUCAGAGUUUGCACGACAGAUACUGCUUAGCUUCAUUGUCAAUUCAGUCCAGCAUGAUUUGGAUCCUGCAAACAAAACUGAAACUGGUGAAAAGAAGCAUGAAGAUCAACAGCAGUCUUCACAACCAAUUGAAGGCGAUAGUGCAAUUAUCAAAAUUCUUUACAGGGACGAAGGUAAAAUAGAGGCAUCAGUAUCUCAUUGCAAGGAUCAUGAACAAUCAAAGAUAGACGAUGGAGAUAAGAACAUGACUGGGGAUAGGGAAGGAUUCACAAUUGUCACAAAGAGGAGAAGAAAUCGACGCCAAUUCACAAAUGGGGUAAAUGGGUUGUACACUCAGCAGUCUAUAUGUGCUUCAGUCCAUUAAAGGGAAGCUGUGAAAUGUUAUUGAUGAUAUUCUCCUUCUGUCAUCUUCUGUUGUCAACUGAUAAGUUUAUCUCUUCAUAUCACAUGUUUAAUAUUGUACGCGUUAUUGAAAUAGAAUGUAGUUGGAAGAGCAAUUGUAAUCACUCUACGGAGUUUCUGAUAAAAGCCCAGUUGGGAUCUUUUUGGAA